GUAUAUAGGGGAACACAGGGGUCUGUACAAGGACGUGAUGAUGGAGAAUCACCGGCCCCUCACAUCACUGGAUGGGCCCAGUAACAGAGAUACCCCAGAGAGAUGUCCCCGUCCUCUGUAUUCCCAGGAUUGUACAGAGGAGAAUCACAGGACCCCACAGGAGGAUCAGGAUGACUGUCUGACUGAUAUAAAGGCAGAAGAUACAGAGGGAGAAGAAGAGACGUAUGUGACUGAUGUAAAGGCAGAAGAUAUAGAGGGAGAAGAAGAGACGUAUGUGACUGAUAUGAAGGCAGAAGAUAUAGAGGGAGAAGAAGAGACGUAUGUGACUGAUGUAAAGGCAGAAGAUAUAGAGGGAGAAGAAGAGACAUAUGUGACUGAUAUAAAGGCAGAAGAUAUAGAGGGAGAAGAAGAGACAUAUGUGACUGAUAUAAAGCUAGAAGAUAUAGAGGGAGAAGAAGAAACGUAUGUGAGGGGUGAUCAGCAGUGUAAGGAGGAGGAGAUCCCUACAGAUAUCAGCACAGCAGAUGGACACACAAGCAGGAAUAUCUCAGAAGUACAUCUAAUGGUAUCCCCGGAUUGUGACAUAAAAGAUGACAGUAGACCUGAUUCUCCAGGAGCUAACUCCAUUACCCCAAUUAUACAUCCAGCUCUAUCAGCUGAGCCCUCUGAUCCUGGGAAAUGUUCUCCUGAUCACUCUGAUAUUGGUGCAUCUAUUACAGCUCUGAGAGUAGAUACAGAGUUUCCCUGUUCUACAGAUGCCAAAUGUUUUACACAGAACACAAACCUUAUUACUCAUCAGUCAGCUAAGGCAGGUGAGAGGCCAUUUCCAUGUUCUGAGUGUGGGAAAUGUUUUACAUCUAAAUCAAAUCUUGUUAAACAUCAGAGAAGUCACACAGGUGAGAAGCCAUAUUCCUGUUCUGAGUGUGGGAAAUGUUUUUCAUCUAAAUCAAAUCUUGUUACACAUCAGAGAAGUCACACAGGUGAGAAGCCGUAUUCCUGUUCUGAGUGUAUGAAAUGUUUUGCACAUAAAUCAGGUCUUGUUGCACAUCAGAGAAGUCACACAGGUGAGAAGCCGUAUUCCUGUUCUGAGUGUGGGAAAUGUUUUGCAUCGAAAUCGGAUCUUUUUAAACAUCAGAGAAGUCACACAGGUGAGAAGCCGUAUUCCUGUUCUGAGUGUGGGAAAUGUUUUACAUCGAAAUCAAAUCUUGUUACACAUCAGAAAAGUCACACAGGUGAGAAGCAGUAUUCCUGUUCUGAGUGUAUGAAAUGUUUUGCACAUAAAUCAGGUCUUGUUGCACAUCAGAGAAGUCACACAGGUGAGAAGCCGUAUUCUUGUACUGAGUGUGGAAAAUGUUUUGCAUCGAAAUCAAAUGUUGUUACACAUCAGACAAGUCACACAGGUGAGAAGCCGUAUUCCUGUUCUGAGUGUGGGAAAUGUUUUGCAUGGAAAUCAGCUCUUGUUACACAUCAGCGAUUUCACAGGUGAGAAGCCAUUUUCAUGCUGUGAGAGAAAUAAAUCCGCUCUUGUUGAACAUAUUAGACAUUACCCAAGUACGGAACCAUUUAAAUCUUCUGGAGUAUAAUUAUCACUGUCAUGCAAUGUUCCUCAAGGGUCAAUCCUAUCUCCUAUGCUUUAUGCAAUAUACAGUCAGGUCCAUAUAUAUUGGGACAUCGACACAAUUCUCAUAUUUUGGGCUCUAUACACCACCACAAUGGAUUUGAAAUGAA